CCGCCCGCUACUUUGGACGUCCGGACCAAAAAAUAUCGGGCCUUCUUAUUUCGACGCGACGUGUUCAAUUCACGCCAACGGAUAGCGAUGGAGGAAGCUAAAUGGAAAGUAAUGAACAGGAUUCCAGAAUUUAGAAGAACAUGCAACGAGGACUCCAUGAAGUCUCUUAGGGUUAGGGUUUAAAGGCAAGGAGUGGCGGAGAGGCUCCCCCACCUUGCCUCGACGAAAGGUGGGAUAUUUGGAGGAGCAUUCGGUGGAAUUCUGGGAUUUUGGGAUUCUUUUCGCGAACGAAUUGGCCUUCUCUCGGAAGGAGGAGGCAAGUGUACAAAGUUUUCAUUGAAGCUGGGUUUAAGACCAAAGAUAAAAUUCUGAAGUGUAGGAACAACGCCAGACAAUGGUGAUGAGAAUUGUAGACCUCCGAUCUGACACGGUCACGAAACCCACGGAGGCGAUGCGAGCUGCCAUGGCGAGCGCCGAUGUGGACGACGACGUUUUGGGCUCCGACCCCACCGCCCACCGCUUCGAAUCCGAGAUGGCGAGGGUCAUGGGGAAGGAAGCCGCUCUCUUCGUGCCCUCGGGCACCAUGGGAAAUCUCAUAUCGGUGCUUGUCCAUUGUGAGGUCAGGGGCAGCGAGGUCAUCCUUGGGGACAAUUCCCACAUACAUGUCUACGAAAAUGGAGGCAUAUCGACCAUUGGAGGCGUGCACCCGAGGACCGUGAAGAACAAUCCCGACGGCACCAUGGAUCUCGAUCAGAUCGAAGCAGCUAUUAGGCAUCCCGAGGGAGCACUCUACUACCCAACUACUAGGUUAAUUUGCUUGGAGAAUACGCAUGCUAAUUGUGGGGGAAGAUGCAUUUCUUCAGAAUAUACAGACAGGGUAGGAGAGAUAGCUAAAAAGCAUGGUUUAAAGCUUCAUAUUGAUGGAGCACGCAUCUUUAAUGCUUCAGUUGCACUGGGGGUUCCUGUUCAUAGGCUGGUGCAAGCUGCUGACUCGGUUUCGGUGUGCAUGUCAAAAGGAUUGGGUGCUCCAAUUGGAUCUGUUAUUGUAGGCUCAAGCGAGUUUAUUACUAAGGCUAGAAGGCUUAGGAAAACCUUAGGUGGUGGGAUGAGACAGGUUGGAGUCCUUUGUGCAGCGGCUUAUGUUGCUUUGCGAGAUAAUGUGGGAAAGCUUGAGGAUGAUCACAAAAAGGCCAAACUGUUUGCAGAUGGAUUGAAACAAAUCAAAGAACUAACUGUUGAUACAUCUUCAGUGGAGACAAAUAUGGUAUUUUUGGAUAUUGUAGAGAGUUCGCAUAUAUCACCUGAAAGGCUCUGUCAAGUCCUGGAAGAGCAUGGUGUACUUGCAAUGCCAGCAAGCUCCACAAGUGUCAGGCUUGUCGUCCAUCACCAAAUUUUAGAGAGUGACAUCCGCUAUGUACUGGCAUGUAUGAAGCAAGCUGUUCAAGAAUUAUCAACUGAUGGUAUCACAAAAUGAGACUCAGUCAUCAACUUAUUGUUAUUUUUUCUGAUCUCAUAGAUGCAGUCAAUGAAAAGGUGCAAGAAUUUGUCAUUCUUCUUUCUCAAACAUUUGAUGUAACUAUAAUUCAGUAUAAAUAAUUAUUGAGCCUUCUUGUCUAUUUCAGAGGCCCUUAACUUAAAUUUCUCCAAAUUAAUGCC